UCGAAUUCGAUUUAGAAAUUGGGAAAUCAUAGCUAAUGCUUCGUCUUCUCCUCCGACGAUCUCUCCGUCGGCCUCCUCCAUGGCGUCGCUUGUUGUCGGAUGCCCCUUCCACCGUCUCGGCCAUCAACACCACCAAUUCGCUUCCUUUGUCUCCGUCUCCGCCGCUCCAACCUUUCUCCCCUCCCCCUCGACGACGUGGUUUUCCCCUUUUGCUUUCGGCUUCUCUUCUCUCUGCCGCCGUUGGUGCUGCUCUUGUUUCCUCUUCGGAUCGGCUUGAUGAAACGAUGGAGAAGUCUAGGGCAUCAGUGGACAGAGUUCUGGACCGGAUGGGGCGUACGGCGGCUGCGACGGUUGCAUUGUGGCGAUCGCUUUCGUCUGUGUUGUCGUCGGUCGAUCAUGAGGUGCGCUCGGGGUUUGAGCUCCGUGUUGCUGCGCUUCUUGCUGAUAUUGCUGCAGCCAGCGAGGCUAGACGGGCAGCAAUUGUUGGGGCGGGGGUGGGGCUGUUGUGGAUUGGUUGCUGGAGAGUGUGGCGGUUGGAGGUGGAGGCGGGGUACAGGCGGAGGCAGCGAGGGCACUUGCGCACUUGGUUGCUGACCCAGAGGUUGUCGGGGAUGUGCUUGGUCGCCCAAGAAGCCUAA